AUGCCAGACUACAGCAACAUCAUGAAUAUCGCGCAGCAAGGUUCAAACAGCUCAGGCAUGAGCUUUUGUGCCAAUCCCAGUGAAACUAUCGAUUGCAGUCAAGAUCCAUUCAUAGGAAGCAUGGCUGAUUCCUGUUAUACAGCCCGUGUAAACAUAAACACGUCACUUCCCAUCGGCAACAUGGAAGUCUAUGUCCUCAACUGUUCCGUGAUGUCAUUCUGUGGCAUGCUUAAGAAUCAAACCUGCCAAACCUUACAGUCAAUGUUGAAAGGUAUUCCUAUGUUCGAAAUUAAAAGUUGUGAUGUCGAAUGCUGCCAGGGGGACCUUUGCAAUAAUCCAUCCUCAUCGUCUCCAGCACCAUCAACUGAAUCACCAUCAUCAUCACCAUCAUCAACACCAUCAUCAACUGAUUCUGCUGCCAGCACUGGUACCACUGUGAAGUCGUCGGUGAAGAGCAGUGUUCCAUCAGCAACCACUCUGUUUGGAAAUCUGGUUUUGAUGGCUUUGACUAUUGUGAACUUUUAG